UUUUCAGCAUAGAGUAGAGUUCCACUCCCACUCUGAACCCAAUACCACAGGAUUCCUGCCUGCUUAGACCUGUCUAAGAUCUCACUUCUCAAUUGAAAUAGCACAGUUCUCUCAGGGGUGAUAUUGUCUGGUGUGAUUUUGUUGAUUGGCGCCAUCUUUUCUCUUCCUCUUUCCGUCUAUUUUUAUUUCCCUCCCUCCUGCUCUCUUCCACAGUAUCCAUGGUACCCUCCAGUGUGGCAGUGAGCUCCAGAAUAGUGACCAGCCUGUAUGAGAGAUCAGCAGCCUGCUGUGUUGGAACUGUGACUGUCUCCAACCACCAGUGACAGAGACGAAUGGCAGCGAGUAAAACAAAUCCUAGUCCAAAAACAUAAGGAUCCCGAGGACAAGAAAGACGGCACCUCGUUAGACACUUGUUUUUCUUUCUGAGCAUGUAGCUGCCAUGUUUCCACAUUAGAAUCCAGCCAUCAUCAGAGCAGGAUGCAUGACAGUGCCAGAAGCACUGGGCAUGGAGAGGGCAGCUCCGCACGAUCAACUAAGUUACAGAAGAACCCGAAGCAGGGGUACCGUAAACUUGGCGUGGCUAGUGGGUCAGGGUCAAAGUCGGCCGGGACAGGGUCAGGGGGUAAAACCUUGUCUAUGGAGAACAUCCAGUCCCUGAACGCAGCCUACGCAACCUCCGGCCCCAUGUACCUAAGUGACCGCGAUGCCUUGGCCUCCUCCGGGGGAUACCCUAAAGGAACCAUGACUCUGGGCAGAGCCACCAGCAGAACCUCCUACACGGGCCGGACCACAGCCUUGGGCAGCAGCCCCAACAUCACCACCACAUCAGACAGCCAGGGCUAUGGGGACCAGAGCCACACCCAGCACCUCCAGGCAGGGGGGCCCUCAGGGCUGCUGAGGCAGGCUGGACGGGGUGGAGAAGGAGGGGGAGAAGACAUCCAGGUUCAGCUCAGGGAGCUGCAGAGAGAGAAUGAACUGCUGAGAAGAGAGAUGGAUGGAGAGAGGGAUGGGAGAGAAGGGAGGAUGAGCUCAUCUGUCAACAGUAGAAAGAACUUCUGGAGCCCGGAGGUGAAAAGUCGAGACAGAGGGAUGAGGAAAGAGGAGGGAACCCUUACAUCCAUCCUGAAGGAACAGAAGUGGGCCUCUCCAGAGGAGGACCAGGUUUGGGAACCUAGAAGAAACAAGCAUCUCCAGUUGUCAGUGCAUGGGCUACAGGAAGAGCUGAGAAGUCAUAGAGAGAUGAACUGUCGUCUGCAGCAAGAGAACUCGGGAUCUCACACAAACAUCUCCACUCACACCGGCUCGAACCGAGAACUCCAUAUUGAGGACCACCGGGCUGGCAUCAGCCCUGGACACAGUCCUGGUCUGGGCCCCAGUCACCUCCACAGCCCUGGGCAAAGACAUAGCCCCGGCCCUGGUCUAGGAGUCAGCCCCAGACACAGCCCCAGUAGCACCUACAACCAUGGGCCCAGAAACAGCCCUGUCCAUCCCCAUAGCCCUGGGUACAGCUCCAACGUCAGACACCACCAAGCUGACAUCCACAGCCCUGGGCACAACUCUGGGCCUGGCCCCAGACACAGCCCUGCUAGCACUCUCAUCCCCUUGUCUAGAAAGAGCCCCAGCCACCUCAUCCACAGCCCUGGCCGUUGCCUCAGCCCUCCCAGCAGCCCAUGCAUGGUCCCUGGGUGCGAUGGCUUCUCCUCUCCCCCUCCCCUGGAUCUGACGGAGGAGAACUUCAGCCGGCUGCAGUCAGAUCACGAACGGCAGGGCAAGGAGCUGUACCUGCUGAGGAAGACCCUGGAAGAGAUGGAGCUGAGGAUUGACUCCCAGAAACAGACGCUGGGGGCCAGGGACCAGUCCAUCCAGAGGCUGCUGGAGAUGAUCCAGGGAGGAGGGAGGGGUCAGCGAGGCGAGAGGUCAGAGAUAAUCACCAUGGCAACAGCACGCGAGGAGGCGGAGUACCAGGUGGGUCAUCUGGAGGAGCAGCUGGACCAGAGGGAGAAAGAGAACCUGCAUUUGAGAGAGGAGCUGCACAGGAGGAGCCAGCAGGACCCCACCAAGACUAAGGCCCUGCAGACUGUCAUUGAUAUGAAGACCACAGCACCCCCUUUCUGUUUUGAUCCUGAUGUUAUCUGGCAGGACACUAAGAUAUCGUCUCUGGAGAGGAACAUCCGAGACCUGGAGGAUGAGGUCCAGUUGAUGAAGACCAGCGGGCUGCUCCACCCUGGCGAACGCCUGGAUGAACUCAAACACAUGGAGGUCUACAAAAGCCACUCCAAGUUCAUGAAGAAACAGGUAGACCAGCAGAAGCAGGAGCUGAAUAAGAAGGAAUCAGAGAUGCAGGCCCUACAGACCAAACUGGAUGCUCUGACCAACCAGAACUCAGACUGCAAACAGCACAUAGAGGUGCUCAAAGAAUCACUCAGCGCCAAGGAGCAACGCUCUACCACACUGCAGACCGAGGUGGAUGCGUUGCGUGUUCGUCUGGAAGAGAAGGAGUCCUUCCUCAGUAUGAAGACCCAGCAGCUCCAGGACCUGACGGAGGAGAAGGACACGCUGGCCGGAGAGAUCCGGGACAUGAAGGAUAUGCUGGAUGUUAAGGAGAGGAAGGUCAACAUCCUGCAGAAGAAGAUAGAGAAUCUUUUGGAGCAGUUAAAGGACAAGGACAAGCAGCUGACGGGUCUGAGAGACAGAGUCAAGGGUCUCCAGACUGACUCCAGCAACACAGACACAGCACUGACCACGCUGGAGGAGGCCCUGUCUGAAAAGGAGCGAGUGAUUGAGCGUUUGCGUGAGCAGAAGGAGCGGGAGGACAGGGCACGGCUGGAGGAGGUGGAAAGGAUGAGGAAGGAGAACCAGGACCUGAAGGAUAGACUCUCCAUCCUGACGACACACACACCUGGGAAUACGGAAGAGUCAACCAGGAAGUUGUUAGAGGUCAGCGACAGGAUCAAGCUGCUGGAGGAGGAAGUGACGCGCUACCGAGAAGAGUCUGGGAAGUCCCAAGCCGAGGUGGAGAGGCUCAUGGGUAUCCUGAGAGAGCAAGAGACGGAAAGAACCAACAAGGAGAAGAAGAUCACCGAGCUGGAGAGGCAAGUGAAGUGUCCAAACAUCCUUAAACAGAUGGUUUCAGGGGAGAGGAGGCCAGAUGGACAGACUGACGGACAUCCACACCACAUCUCACAGGGGACCAUUCGUGAGACAGCUGAGCGAAUCAGAGAGCUGGAACGAGCGCUGAGCGAGAGCACAAACACCUCCGCCCACAGGGAGGCACUGUGGGCCCAGGAGGAGGCUGCACGCACGCAAGCACAGAGACAGCUGGAGGAGAUGAUGAACGCCCUGGAGAAGACCAGGCAGGAGCUGGACACCACCAAGCAGCGCCUCUCCACUACCCAGCACUCCCUGCAGGAGCGGGACGGUCACCUGACCAACCUGAGGCUCGAGAGACGCAGACAGCUGGAGGAGAUCCUGGAGAUGAAGCAGCAGGCUCUUCUAGCUGCGAUCAGUGAGAAGGAUGCUAACAUAGCCCUACUGGAACUGUCCUCCUCUAAACGUAAGAAAUCACAGGAUGAGGUGAUGUCACUGAAGAGAGAAAAGGACAGGCUCAUGCACCAGCUCAAACAACAGACCCAGAGUAGGAUGAAGCUCAUAGCAGACAACUAUGAUGAAGAACAUCUACACCCUCAUCAUCCUCACCACCCCCACCCGGGGGUACACCCUGCUCACCCUGCUCACCCACACCACCGGACCCCUGCAAGAGGACCACCCCACGCCAACCACAGAGCCCCAAUGGACCAGGACGAUGAGGAGGGCAUCUGGGCAUGACCGUCGCCAUGGGAACUGAAGCUCCAAUCAUGAGAGCUGCUGGUGAGCCGGGUUUUGAACCAAACACACACUCCUGUUCAUCCCGGUGGAGCAGCUCUACUGAUCCAGGGACCAGACUGGCUGCAGCAGAGUCCCAGGAUCCUGCCCACCUGCCAUGGUUGAAGACAAUCCUUUUCCCGCCUUCCGUUGCAGAGUUGCUGUCUUUCCUCCCAGUGUUUGACAAUCAGAGAGCCAAGACUCGUAAAGUCCCAUGACCUUCGUAAAGUCCCAUGACCUCCGAGGCUCCGUUGGACAUGUAACCCUGACUGUUUCCACUGUACUUAUGAACUACGACUUUAACUCUCCAACAGUCAACCAAUCAUCUCGCUGCCCCUGCCAGGUUCACUGACUGACUGAUAAAUCCUAGACAACAAACUAGUCAGCCUAAAAACCAGAAGGACCAAUCAGAAAGGACCAUUGAGAGUGACCAAACAUAAUUUUUUUGUGUGUCAUUUUUUUUAGAUAGUUUGUGAGCCCUUGAAAGACUAUGGGAGAGAGCAAAUCCUGAUGUGGGUUUGUUUACGUAGCCCAUACGGAUAGCAUUAGCAUGGUCCACAACAUGGACCUCAGAUCCACAUGGACCUUCUCAAUGUACCGUGCCAAAGGGGCCACUCCCUGUCAGCAGAGAGACACUGAGAGGGGAACCGGGUUCCUAUUACUCUAGAACCCUCAAAGAGAACUCAGAGAAGUGUUCUGUGUAUGCUACCUUUCUCUGAAUGUUCUUAAGUCUGAAAACACUCCUGUCAUCCUAUCACUGGACAGCUCUCUUGGUUGACAGUGCUCCGGGUAGACGAUGUCCAUAGGAACUGAUCUAGGAUCAGUGCCCUUUCAAAAUCCUUAACUAUCAAGUGGGAAAACACAACUGACCUCAGACCAGUGUCUAGGGGCAACUUCGUCCCUCUCCGGGUGAAGGGUAUAAACUGUGACCAAACAAAACCCUCUGAGGAAAUCAAACUAGGAUCUGUUUAGAGGUUGUUUUUUCUCUUGUGUUUUUCUCUCCCCCUGCUGUACUUUGUUUGACUAACGAGUAUCAUGUUGUGUUUGUUUUUCUACAUCUGAAACAGAUUGAGUACUGUUCUCUUUGAGGUUUGUAUCAGUUGUGUGUUUCUGCUUGUGGGUGAUGUUUUAUUUAGUAGUGUAUUUAUUGACUAGUUUAAUUGCAACAUGCAUUGGAGUGGCAGUAUUUAGGUAUCCAUGUUGAAGUCAGCACUCCCCAAUCAUCAUUUUGGAAUCAGAGAUUGAAGAGUGCUGCUUUCAGGGGACGAGUUGUCUAUACAUAUCAGUUUACUAUUGAGGAUGUCGUGGUGUUUGAAGGUGACAUGAUCUCCGUUCUACUGAACCAGCAGUAAGUGUUUAGCUUGUACAGUUUUCUCUGUGUGUGUGUGUGUGCGUGUGCGUGCGUGCGUGCGUGCGUGCGUGCGUGCGUGCUGCGUGCGUGCGUGUGAACAGCGUGAGGUCUCAAUAUGCUCAAACUCUGCUAUUGACUUGUUAUACAGUGUGUUGCCAUGGUCAAUAUUAGUUUCUCGUUCAAUAAAAGUGUGGCGUUUUUCUCAA